AUGGGAGGCCAGGACAAAUUCUGGAAGCUGCAGCGGGCCAGUGGGUACCUUUCACCAGGACCACUUCCGUUACCUAUCCUGGGGACUCUGUGGUGCUUUGGCUUUGGAUGGCAUCAAGGCACACUUUUUUCGGCAAAAGCUUAUGGGAAAAUCUUCACCGUCUGGGUUGGACACAUGCCAAUGAUUGUAGUGAAUGGAUUCCAUCCGGUGAAACAUGUGCUCAUCAACCACUAUGAAGAGACUUCAUGGCGCAUAACCACCCCUUUUCUCAGAGACACAAUGAAUGGGAAGGGCAUUCUGUUUUCAAGUGGCCGCUGCUGGAAGGAACAGAGACUUUUUGUGAUGUCGACCCUCCGGUUGCUGGGCCUAGGGCGGAAAAGCAUAGAGCACUGUGUGAAAGAGGAGGCCAGCCACAUGGUGGCGUUCUUUGCAAGCAAGAGAGGAAAACCUAUGGACCCUUUCUUCUCCACCUUCCACGCUGUUGCCAAUGUGAUCUCCAGCAUGGUUUUUGGGCACAAUUUCUGCACUGAAGAUGAAACAUUUUGCAAACUGGUAGAAUGCAUUGAAUAUGAAGCAAAUUUUUUUCUCUCCACAUUUCAUUUGUUGUAUGAAACAUUUCCAUGGCUUAUGUGCCACCUCCCAGGACCCCACCAGAAGGCUUUUUCAUGCUUGGAAUUUAUACAUUCAUUUGUAAGGAAUGAGAUUAGAUGGCACAAGGAGAAAAAGAAAACAGAGGAUCCACGAGAUUUCAUUGACUUCUAUCUGGAUGAGAUAAGUAUAAACAAGGGUGAUCCUGAAUCGACCUUUGAUGAAGUCAACUUGGUUCACGUUGUCUACGACCUCUUCAUGGCAGGCACAGAUACUGUUGCAUCCACUUUGCGAUGGGCACUGCUCUUUAUGGUGGUUCAUCCAGAUGUCCAAGAGAAAGUUCAGAUGGAGAUUGAUGCUGUUCUGACACCUUUCCAAUGUAUCUGCUACGAGGAUCGGAAACAGAUGUCCUACACCAAUGCUGUCAUUCAUGAAAUCCAGCGCUUCAAAUAUGUUCUUGUAGCCGGAAAUUACAGGCUCUGUUCAAAGGAUACAACUAUGUUGGGGUUUCCCAUUAAAAAGAAUACUGUCAUUAUCCCUGACAUAGCCUCUGCUCUGUAUGACCCUGAACAAUGGGAGACACCACAUCAGUUCAAUCCAAAUCACUUCCUGGAUAAGGAUGGACAUUUCUUCAGCAGAGAUGCUUUCAUCCCAUUCUCAAUGGGGCAGCGUCUGUGUCUUGGGGCGAGUCUGGCAAAGAUGGAGCUCUUCCUCUUCCUCACUAACCUGCUGCAAGCAUUCACGUUACAGCUGCCAGAAGGAGUGAAGGAACUCAACACCACACCUGCAAAAGGAAGAUUUGUUGUGCAGCCGUAUCCUUACACCAUCUGCGCUGUUCCUCGCAAGGUGACAGCAUGGAGGGAGGGAGGAUUGUUGCCAAAAUAG